UAAGAUCAACCAUUAAUCAGUUGACGGUGAUAGAAAAUUUGACAAAUAAAUCGUUAGUUGCGCUCAUAUGAGUAUUAUUACUAAUCCACAUAAAGUUAAAAAAGAGUCCCUGUGCUAAUUAUGGCAAGAUAUCAAGAUUUUGUUGGAGAUUUAACCGAUGAUGAAGAUUUUUUAGAACUAUUAGAUGAGGUUAUGGAACCACGGCUACCCCGAAUUUUUCGGAAUAGAAUCGAUCCGUUUGAAAUAUAUAAUGAUAAGGAAUUUAAACGACGUUAUAGACUGUCCAAAGAUGUUACAAAUUUUAUAAUAAACGAAAUUAGCCCAGAAAUUUCAUCACAAACGGACAGAAACCAUGCUUUAUCAGCAUCAGAACAAGUAAUAAUAACACUUCGAUUUCUUGCAACUGGUGCAUUUCUAAAAUUGGUAGGCGAUCAUAGUGGCGUAGAUGAAUCAACUACUAGUCGUGUAAUUACGAAGGUAAUUUUUGCACUUGCAAGGAUAGGACCACAGAUGAUACAAAUGCCAAGAACAGAAGCCGAAAAGAGUGUAGUGAGACAGGGUUUUUAUAAUAUUGCCAGAUUUCCUCGUUGUGUUGGUGCCCUGGAUUGUACAGACAUUAAAAUUUUGUCUCCAGGAGGACGUGACGCUGAAGUCUAUAGAAAUCGGAAAAGUUUUUUUUCUUAUAAUGUCCAAGCUAUAUGUGACGCAAACUUGAAAAUUCUUGACAUUGUAACCCGAUGGCCUGGAUCUGCACAUGAUUCGUAUAUUUUUGCUAAUUCGAGAAUAAAACAUCGUUUUGAAAAUGGUGAAUUUGGGGAUGGUGUUCUAUUAGGGGAUAAAGGUUAUGCCGUAACAAAUUAUUUAAUAACACCACUGCGAACUUUGGUUACACCGGCCGAGAAUUUGUUUAAUCAAACACACAUUUGGACCAGAAAUCCUAUAGAGAGAUGCUUUGGCGUACUGAAAAGAAGGUUUCCUAUACUUGCUUUAGGGAUCAGACUAAAGUCUACUAAAAUACAAGCACUCAUUGUAGCGUGUGCUGUUCUUCACAACAUAGCUUGUGAACUGAAUGAUGAAGCACCAGACGACAUAAAUGAGGACGUAGAACGUGAAAUUGCUGCAGCUAUAAUAGAUGAUGACAUAAUUGAAGAUAACCGUGCACACAACGUUAAUAAUAUUGUUAGACAAACUUUGAUUAACCAAUAUUUUGAAAAUUUAUUAUGAUUACAUAUACAUAUUUAUAUACUAUAACAUAUUAUGAUUAUAUAUACAUAUUUAUAUACUAUAACAAAAUUACAUUUUAUUUUAUUGAA